AUGGAUAUGCUCCACCACCUCCACUUUCACCACCAAACGCCACCGCCGCCACCACCACCACCUCCGCCAAAACCUCCGUCACCUCCGCCAAAACCUCCGUCACCUCCGCCACCCCUACUCCAAAACCCUCCAUGUCCCCCAAAAUCACCACACGGAGACAUGGCGGGUUCUGGAAUAGGCGGAGGUAUAAUUGGAGGAGGCGGAGGUGGAUGUGGAGGUGGAGGAGGCGGAGGUGGAGGAGAAGGUGGAGGUGGAGGUGGUGGAUGUGGAGGUGGAGGAGGCGGAGGUGGAGGUGGAGGAGGUUGCUAA